AUGGAUCAGUCUAAUUCCACUGUAACCAUGCCUAACAUCUCAUCUUUACCUGAACUUCACCCCUCCAAGGAUUCCAUUCGUCUUGCUUCUGCAGUGAUGUUAUCCCUCUUCUUCAGCGUGGGAGUUCCUGGAAACAUUGCUGUCAUCAUUCUGAAACCUAACUGGGAGCACCUGUCCGGUCUGAGCCAGAGUUUGAUGCUGAAUCUGGCUGUGUCUGACCUGCUGGGUCUGCUGACCCUUCCACUAUGGAUUGACAUUCUACUCUAUGGUUGGAAAUUCAGCUCAGUGUCCUGUAAGCUUCUUGCUUAUGGUGUGUACUGCAGCACCUAUGGCAGUCAGCUGACUGUGACUUUGUUAAGCGUUCAGCGUUACCUUUUGGUGGUUCACCAGCAUAAGUUCACACAGGUACCAAAAAGACUGCUGCUGGUUCUGCUCUGGCUGGUUGCUUGUAUCAUGUGUAUUCCUUACUUUUUGGUUCAGGAGUUGGUAUCAAAACAAGAGUGGACAGACUGCCGACCUCGGUAUUCUUCUGAUGCCCAGUGUGCGGCUGUGCUGGUGACAGAGACCACUGCGGGAAUGAUUUCCGUUUUUAUUGUGGUGUUUUCAUACAUUCACGUCUGUAGGAAGGUUAAACAGUCAAGCUUUUUCAACAAUCCUCAGACAACUCGGCUGAUUACCAGCAUCAUUGAACCAAUACAGCUGAAUCAAAGAGUGCCAGAUACUGCUACAACUACAGAACUGCCAUAA